CAACGUUCGAAUGCACCUUCGCUGUGGGUUCGAACUGUACCAGACGAUAAAGCAACGCUGUGGACUCAGCACUCUUCCAAGGAUGACAAGACUUACGUUGAUUUGUUUGUCCAUUUGUCUGCUAGUGUCUGUGUACGAUGUCCAGUCCGCGGCAGUUUUGGAAUCGGGAGUCAGAGUCACUGACGCCGCCAAGGCGGUGAUCGACAAAAUCAAGGCCGGCAAGGAUUUUCGCUACGGUGUAUUCUUCGUUCAAAACGAGACGCUCAUUGAUGUUGAAUCGACGGGAAGCCGCACUGCGAGUUACGAUGAAUAUUUGAAACAUUUGAAGAUUGUCAAACCAACAGGAAAAGAAUGCCGUUAUGGCGUUCUUGAUGCCGAAUUUCAGUGCAAAUCAUCUCCUGAUAAGAAGAGAGACAAACUUGUUUUGAUGUCUUGGUGCCCUGAUGAAGUCAAAGUGCGAUCCAAGUUUAUUCACGCCGCCUCCGUAGAAGGUAUGAAGAAAGCUGUUCCAGGAAUAUCCGCUUUUGUUCAGGCCAGCGAUGAUGAGCAAGCUUCCAUGGCGUCGGUUCAAGAUAAGCUCACAAGAACAGUGACCGCUUGUUAAAUGAGAUUCGAAAAUUAUGCCUACUGGAACUGCAAUAAUCAGAAUUUUUAUCCCUGUUGCCGUGUUAUAAUUACGCAUUUUUUUCCGAUUUGCUAAAUACAUUUUAAACGUAUUACGACUUUAAAGUACCUGCAUGUUCAAGGUUGCUGUAGAAAAAUGACGUGAUAUUGUCAACUGAAGGUCAAACCAUCUAUGAAAAAAUAAACCCGGUAUGCAUACGCCCAAAAAGGUGGGCGUAGCAUCUUUACAAUAUAUCCUAUCUCAAGGUGAGCGACGUCAAAACUGAA